GUAAUUAAUAAUUUUAACGGAAUCAAAUGGCUUUAGAUGAAACUUGGGUGUUAUCUUGCGCUUUCUUUUCUAUCCUAGGACUAUUAGGAUAUUCAAUGAUAGCUGCCGGAGCGGUCAGAUACAAAUCAGUUCAAUCUGCUAUUAUUACAAUUUUAUUGGGUGGAAUCUUAACAAUUCUGGCUUUCUAUAUUGUAAGACAAUCAAAUAUUAUUAGACUGGCUAUGCAUUUGCAUUUGGAUAGGAUUCAAACAAAUUCAUUGGUAAAUCAUUAUUUGCCGCUGCAUCAUUUGAAUCAACACCAAGCAAAAAUGAUUAUGACAACUUUGUAUUCCACACUAUUGCUGCCAUUUUCGUUACUUCAAUCUUUGCAUUAGGCACUUUGGAGAGGUCAAGAUUCUUCUCAUUCAGUUUUGGUGUGAUCAUCCUAUAAGGACUCUUGUAUCCAAUAGUUGUUCAUUGGACUUUUGGUUAAGGAUGGUUGAAUAUAUUUGGAUUCUAAGACUUUGGAGGAAGCUCAGUAAUUCAUGUGUUUGGAGGUGUUACUGCUUUGGUGGCAUCAUUAUUAUUACAUGAGCGUAGAGAUCAAAAUGGAAAAAUUCAUCCAGGAAUCUUCCCACAUCAUGCACCAUUCUUCGUUGGAAUCGGUACCAUCUUACUUGUUGUUGUAUAAAUCAUAUUCCUUUCUGGGUUGAAUAGAGGAUCAGCAACUUAUGUCAAGGGAUUAGUUCCUGUAAAUGCUUUGUUGGCUGCAUCAUUUGGUGGAUUGAGCAGUUAUGUCUCUUAUUAUUUGAAAAAAGAAAAAACAAGUUUAAUAACAAUCGCUAGAGGAGCACUUGCAGGAGUCGUAGCAGUCAGUGCAAGCGUUGAUGACAUUUAAUUAUGGGCUGCUGCCUUAAUUGGAACAUUAGCUGGAAUCUCUUACCUUGUGAUAUAAUUAAUAGUUAAAAGAUCUCAUGUAGAUGAUCCAGGAUAAGCAGUAGGUGCUCAUCUUGUCCCAGGAGUUCUUGGUACACUUUUAUACGGAAUAUUGUCAAGAUCCCAUGGAUUAUUUUAUGGCAAUAAUCUAAAAUCAUUUGGAAUCUAAAUUGUAGGAUUACUCUCUAUUGCUGGAUGGGCUCUCCUCAUUUUAGCAAUAUUGGUACCAUUGAAAGGUUUUGGAAUCUUUAAGAUUAAACCUGAAUAGGAAUCCUUGGGAAUCGAUUAAAGCUAUGGUAUGUGAAUCAUAUUUAAAUUGUUAGCUGGUGGCGAAGCCUAUGUUUUCAGUGACUAAACUGUAGAAACCAAAUCCCUUUUAAAUUCAUAAAAGAAAUCCAUAUUCCAUUGAUAUAUCAAUUAUUAUACAUCAUUAUAAUCAUUUGUAAAACUAUCC